AUGGCUGCACCUACUUAUUCUCCACCACAUAAAAUGAAUAAAUGGAAAAUAGAAAAUGGUUUAUUUCAACCAAACGGUCCUAUUGAAAUAUUGGUUGAUGGUGGAAUGUUUGCUAAUGAUCCAGAGUUGGAAGCAUUAUGGAGAAAAAUGGUUAAUUAUUAUAUAAUAUCUAUAGGUACAGGUUAUUAUACAGAACUAAUGUCAACAUUAAAUCAAGGUGGAUAUAAAGGAUGGUUAUCAAAUGGUAGUUUAAUAAUUAAUACACUAUUUGAAACUACACGUAGUUUUACUGAAACAAUUGCGAAUAAUUUAGCUAAAUUUAGUAAUUUGAAAAGAAUGAAAUUUAAUUUUAAAAUACAAAAAUAUAUGGAUUUAGAUGAUCCAACUUUUGUACCUGUAUUUGAUGCAGAAUGGAAAGAUUUUAAAAAUGGAAAAAAAGGAAAUUAUAAAGAUUUUGAUGCAUUAAUAGAUUUUUUUGUUUUUUCACGCAGCUGCAGUCGAUUUACGAAUGGCUACAACGGGCUUUAA